CCAUCGCAUAAUGCCACAGUCAACGCUUUCCAGUGCAAGUGUCAGCAUGUCGCAGUCGAAAUCGCUAACGAUCGCCCGCUUGGGAAUUUAUUUGCGUAUCUUGGGCUUGGUGGCGGCCCACUUGAACCGAGAGGACAGCACUUGCCAAACGAAUGGGGAAUAUUGCCAGAUGCAUUCGGACUGCUGCUCGAGGAAAUGCAUGACAUACUUGAAUGUCUGCGCCAGGAGGAUUGACGAAGGCUUUGCCCUGGAUAUGCCGUACCUCUCCAACAGUAUCUAUGACCACGAUGUGAUGGAGUUUGACAAUAAAUUUCCCGACACCUUGGACAUUGUAACGCUCCCAAAUGAUCCAAGACGUGCACCACAAGAGGAGCAGGGCAGACAGUGCAAACCUGUCGGUGGACCGUGUAAUGUCAGUGAGGAGUGCUGCACGAAACGUUGUCACUUCUACAUGCACAGGUGUGUCACCUAAAAAGAUGUCGAACAAUACGAGCAAAAAACUUUAGUUCGAAAUAUUACGUAUAUUUAUUGUUUAAAAGGUUUGUCACCAAAGCCAAUUAAAUUAUAUAAUGUAUCGCUUAAG